CUCCCGCCCCCUGUGCUCGCCUCCUCUUCCUCGCCGGGGAGUUUGGCCCCAGCAGCCGCCGCGGUGAUUCGCCAGCAACAGAUGCCGGGCGCCCAGAUUGGCAUCCUUAGUCCCCGCUGAGCGCCCGAAGAAGAGGGCAGGAACCAGAGAAGGGCCGAGAAGGCGGGGACGGGAGUGCAGAGACCACCCCUCCCCAACCCCAAAAGGCAGAAGCCCCCGCCCCCACCGGAGAGCUCCGAGCCGGCCAAGCGCCUGCCUGCUGCCGCUGCCGCUGCCGCUGCCUCGGGAGCCCACCUCUCCCCAGCCAUGCCCGGCCCGGCCGCCGACGGGAGGCAGGUCUCCUUCCGCAACGCCAAGGAGGAGAUCCGUGCGAGGAUCGAAGUCUCGGAAGGCGGCGGCGACCCGCAGAGACUGGGCGGGCGCGGGCAGCGGCAGAUCGUCGUCUGGAGGAACGUCGUCCUGAUGAGCCUGCUCCACUUGGGGGCCGUGUACUCCCUGGCCCUUAUCCCCAAAGCCAAGCUGCUCACCCUGCUCUGGGCGUACUUCUGCUUCCUCCUGUCUGCUCUGGGUGUGACAGCUGGUGCCCAUCGCUUGUGGAGCCACAGGUCCUACAAAGCCAAGCUGCCUCUGAGGAUAUUUCUGGCUGUUGCCAACUCCAUGGCUUUCCAGAAUGACAUCUUCGAGUGGUCCAGGGACCACCGAGUCCACCACAAGUACUCAGAGACCGAUGCUGACCCACACAAUGCCCGCCGGGGCUUCUUCUUCUCUCAUAUCGGGUGGCUCUUUGUUCGCAAACAUCCAGAUGUCAUUGAGAAGGGGAGAAAACUUGACCUCACUGACCUGCUGGCUGAUCCUGUGGUCCGAUUCCAGAGAAAGUACUAUAAGAUCACUGUGGUGCUCAUGUGCUUUGUGAUCCCCACGCUGGUACCCUGGUGUGCCUGGGAAGAGAGUCUGUGGAACUCCUACUUCUUGGCCUCCAUCCUCCGCUAUACCAUCUCACUCAACAUCAGCUGGCUGGUCAACAGUGCUGCCCACAUGUAUGGAAACCGACCCUACGACAAGCACAUCAGCCCUCGGCAGAACCCACUCGUCACCCUGGGUGCCAUUGGUGAAGGCUUCCACAAUUACCACCACACCUUUCCCUUUGACUACUCUGCGAGUGAAUUUGGCUUAAAUUUCAACCCAACCACUUGGUUCAUUGACCUCAUGUGCUGGCUGGGACUGGCCACUGACCGCAAACGAGCAACCAAGCCAAUGAUCAAGGCCCGGAAAGCCAGGACUGGAGACGGCAGCACUUGAACCUGGAACUGGCAUCCAACAUGUUUGCCAUUGAUACCUUAGUUCGUGGCUUUUGUUCCUAUAGUUCUCUUGUUCAUUGGAUGUGGGAGGGGGUAGAGGCUGGGGAGGGAAAGGAAUCUAUGUGGUUUGGGAACUUUUCGUUUGUCUCAAAAUAAUGUCAAGAUAUAACUAUCGAUGAAAAAAAGUUUUUAGCAUCAAUGUAACUAUGAUUUUAACAUUAGAGUGUGAACAUGUGAUUUAAUCGUUGUAGCUACAAUAUGUCAAACACACAUGGUCAUGUGCUUGAACGUGAUGUUAACCCUGACAGGAUGAAGGAAUUUAAUAUUCUUUCAGUGUGGUUCAGGAGAGCAUUUGCUUUCUUUUCUACCAGUUAACCCAGCACUGUUUUUAAACACAUUAUCUGAAGGUAGAAGACAAAAGAGAGGGUCUAAGUAACUAAAGAAUGUUUCUGUUUUGUAAUUACUGUGCCUGUGUGUUUGUUGUUUUUUAAAUAAGAGAAUUGAAAACUUUCAAAAAUGACAGGAAAUGGCCCUCUUAUUUUCUUGCCCUGUUUACAGCUUGUUAAUGUUCCCCUGUCUUUGCUUCCAAAGAGAUCUGUUCACUGCCCGGCUAGUUUUGUGUCCCGAUUAUGGCCAGCCGACCCUAUAAAUCAGUGCCUGUGUAGGUGUUUGAUUUUGUUCUCUUUGCUAUUGUCAUUUUAAAGGUGUAUAACGCAGAUGUGCCAGACAUAAAAUUCAGCUCAAAUUAAGCUCUCAUUUAAAUGUUUAAACAUCUAAUUUAUAUUCUAAUUGAUCCCAGCCACUGAUGCAUGUACUUUAGCUACUACUGCUAAGUAAGCAUAUUAAUUUUCCACACUAGGCCAUCAGAUCUUAAUAACCGACAGUUAUCUAGAACUCAGUGUGUACUAAUGUUUCCCCUGCAUGCAGCCUUCAUUGAUUUUGCAGCAAAAUAUAAAGUGAUCAUUAUGUAGCUUCUGAAGUAAAAAAAAUGUUGUGUGUUAAGUUGCCUUGUAAAGAGCAUGUUGAAUUAAUGGGACCGCGUGCCCUUUGUUUUAGUUGUUAGAGCAAAAGAAAGAUGUUGGAGCACUUCGAAGAUAGAUCUUUUCGGGAAAGGUGGGAAUUUGGAAUUUUAAUUUAAAAUGUUUGAAAAAGAAGUGAUGCCAACCGGAAAUUGUCACAAUGAAGUUCUUCAUCCAGCAGGUGUUUAUUUGCCAUUAAUAAUGUGUACACUAUGAGUGAUUCACAAUAAAUGAUUAUUAAUUCA